AUGUACGUGUAUACCGGAAUCGCUGCCGCAUCGCUGCUGGCGGGCGGGCUGGCUCAGGACGCCGCGGGCUGGUACGAGGCCCAUCCCGGGAUGCCACGCAUCCGGCAGGUGAACCAGACGACGCACCAGAUUGUCGACGAGUACGGCCGCGCGCGCUUCUUCCACGGGACCAAUGUCGUCAUGAAGGAUGCCCCUUGGUACCGGCCGGCCGAGUGGGUGCCGGGCGUCCCGUCGUUUGGCGAGCAAGACGUCCGGAACAUGCACGACUUGGGCCUCAAUGUCGUGCGGCUGGGACACAGCUGGGCCGGGGCAGAGCCCGCACGGGGGCAGUACAACCGGACCUUCCUCGACGUCAUGGCGCGCCAGACCAAGCUGGCCGAGGACCACGGCAUCUAUGUCCUGGUGGACCUGCACCAGGACGUCCUGGCGAGGCAGCUCUGCGGCCACGGCGUGCCCGAUUGGUUCGUCAAGAAGGACUGGGUGUCGGGCUGGAAGAGGUAUCCCUUCCCCCUGAAGCUGAGGCCCUUCCCCGUCGACAGGGACGGCUUCCCGUCGCCGGCGUCGCUCUGCAACAGCGUCGACUGGGCGCUGAGCUACACGUCCGUCGCCGUGGCCGAUGCCUUUGGGAGGCUGUACAGCAACCACGACGGGCUCGGAGACGCCUUUGCCGCCUACUGGAAGCAGCUGGCGCUGGUCUACGCCGACGCGCCCAACGUCGUCGGCUUCAACCUCAUGAACGAGCCGUGGGUCGGCGACCACUGGGCCGAUCCGACGCUGCUUCUGCCGGGAUUCGGCGACCGCAAGAACCUCGAGGGGCUCUGGAACCGGGCGACCAGGGAGAUCCGGGCCGUCGACAAACACACGCUCAUCUGGUUCGAGGGCGCCACCCUGGACAUCUUGUCGGGCUUCAACAACGUGCCUCUCGGGGACGGCUCCAAGGCGGUGCAUUCCUAUCACUACUACAAGCCGCCGCAGCUGGGCUCCAUCCACGCCACGCUCAAAAACCGCCGCAAGGACAACGAGCGUCUCAGGACGGCCGGCGUGCUGACCGAGUUCGCCUUCUGGAUGGGAGACGACGAGCACAUGAAGAACCUGGCCGACGCCUUGUCCGCCACCGACGCCAACAUGGUCUCGUGGAUCGGCUGGGCCUACGAGAACCUGUACAACGGGUCCUCGGGCCAGCCUCAUCCCCAGCUCGCGAAGCAUUACAGCCGUGCGUAUCCCGCUGCUGUUGCUGGCACCCCCAGGGGCUUCAGCUUCGACGAGGACGCGGCCAUCUUCAAGCUGCAAUUCACGGCGGACCCGACCAUUGCCGCGCCGACGGAAAUCAUCCUGCCCUCGUCCACCUUUCCCCGCGGCUACAGUGUCCAGGUUUCACCCCAGGGGAGCUUGCUGCAGCACGCACGGGGUAACCGCACACUGGCCCUGUUCACGUCCGCCCGCAUCCAGAGCGCCGUUGACGUCUCCGUCACUGUCACCCGCAAAUAA